AUGGCGACUACGGCCGCUGCACCACUCUGCUCGGACACCAUCAGCACCGCAGGAGGCGGCAUUCCGGACAGCGGUGAGCCUGCCAUGGUGUCGGCGGAAGCGGUAAAGGAAUUCCAACUAGCCCUCUUUCUCGAGAACCUGGAAUCAUCCUAUCUUCAAAGCGGACUACAAAAUAUCUCCAGCUGGGGAACGGCCGGCUAUCCAAAUGACACGACCGAAGUGCUCAGCAAAAUCGCGGCGCAGGAAGAAGUACACGUAGCAACCAUUACGGACCUGCUCAAUGGCUAUGGUGCCCCUGUGAUUGCUCCAUGCCAAUAUUCGUUCCCAGUGACAUCCAUUGACGAGUUCAUCGGUCUGGGCGAGAUCAUCACCUCGGUGGGCAUCAGCGCCCUUAUCGGGCUGGUCGGUCGAGCCUCGUACACCGAUCCUUGGAUUGUCAAUACGCUGUCGUCGAUCGUGACGGUCGAGUCCCGCCAUGACGCCUUCUUCCGCCACGUGGGUGGCGGAGUCCCCAGUCCAACUCCAUUCGACACCGGGAUCAGCAGCACCUGGGCGUACAACCUGGCUCUGUCAUUUAUCGUGCCUGGAUCAUGUCCAACAGAACUCCCACUACCAAUCCUGCCUACGUUGACGGUGUCGACCCCGACUGCAGCUGACAACAGAUCUUCAGCGGCCACGGGGAUAGCUUCGAGCAUCGCGCCAUAUCAAAAUACCACCACGAGCCCGGCUACCACCGCGAACACCACCACGGCCCCGUCAGAAAUGGCGUUCUCUUGGGAUCCGAUGCAGACGCCGUUCGUUGUCGAGCAGGGGAAACAGUUGUUUGUGGGCUGGACUAAUCAGCUGAAUGUGCCGGUAUAUACGGUAUUAUCGAUCGUUGGUCAAGGCAGGGGAGUUGCGGAUGUACCGCAAGGACUCACUGGCGCGGUGUUUGCAGCGGUAACGAGUCAAUUGCCUGACAAUGACUAUGACCUAGCCCUCGCAACCUUAGCGGGCCCGGUUGCGUUGUCACUCCCUUAG